GUGGUUUGUUAUUUGUUGUUCAGCUGUCUGGGGCCGUGGUAGCUGUCAGUGGCUGACCUCUUCUCCAUGGCCUGUCAUCCCCCCAGCUCUGAAUCCUACACUGUGGUCAUCAUCCCGCUCAGGACCGGCCUCUACAGCUUGGACGCACUUCGCUUCUACCUAUGGGUUAAGCGUCUGAAGAGCAUAGAGCAGGAGAAGGACGCUCUGUGCUCUGGCCUGGAGAUUCUGGAGAAGGGCCGUCUCUGGUACCUCCAGCGGCUGCAGGAGAACAAAGCCCGUCAGGACAACAUCGAUGCUAAAACUGGGGCCGGCUGCUUCCAUGGAGGUGCAGCAGAGGCCCGGCCUUGCCUCCUCAGGCAUCGGAUCCAGCGGGUUAAUGGCUCUCUGGGUUCGGUGAUGAGUGAGCCCAACUUCACAAGUGGCUGCAACCCUUCUCUGCGUGACGCGUUGGCAGACAGUGCCCUCCGGUGGCACAACACGGUACUGAGCCAGGAGGUGAGUGACAAGGAUCGUCGGAUUUCCGGGUUAGAAUUGGAAAAAGACACACUCGGGGAGAAGCUUGAUGAACUGCAGGCUCCUUGAUUUUCAGCACACGUGUGUGUGUGUGUGUGUUUGUGUACACACACAUAUUGAAGACACAUGAUGUGUACUGCAAACAUACGUUUAACUAUUUGUAAAUAUGUAUUUAGAAAAUAAAGUACAGUAAAAGGUG